AUGGACCCCCUCGCCCCUCUGCCAACCCUUGCCCUCCCCCCUCAGACCCUGAUUCUCCUCGUGGGACUCCCUGGUAGCGGUAAAUCCACCUUCGCCUCCUCUCUUUGCCAAUCUUCGGCCUCUCUCCUCACUUCCGACCCUUCCAACCCAUAUCAACCCCUGCACGCUUCGAUACAAGGAGGCAUUAGACCGUGGAUAAGAGCUUCGCAAGAUGAUGCGCCGAGUCGGAGAAGGCAGGAGGUGGAAGCACUUGUGGGAUGGGGAUUAAGGGAGGGGUGUAAUGUGGUUGUGGACCGUUGUGGAUUCGAUCCUGUACAAAGAAGCCAUUUCAUAUCGAUAGCGGAAGGCAUCAACCCCCAGAUCCGGAUAUACGCUCUCGUCCUCGCCGUCUCUGAACAGACCCUCAAAACACGACUCACGUCUCGUGAAUCUCACCCCACCAUCACUGGCGGGGAAGAAGGUCUUCGAGUGCUUGGGCAGAUGGGUAAAGUCUGGCAACCGCCUACUUCCCAAUCCGGCGAGGGGUUCCACAAGGUCCUGAUACUGGACGAGAAAGAUCAACCGAAUGGAGCCGAGGGAUGGACAGAAGACUUGGCACGGGAAGUGGUAGCAAAGAUAGAGAGAGAAGGGGAGCAGGAGGUAGGGGAGAGGAAGGAUUACAAGCCAAAGCCGAGAGAAUUCGGAGAUGGAAGAGGACGGGGCAGAGGUGGUUAUCGAGGGAGCUGGGAGAAUGGGCGUGGAAGGGGAGGCUGGGGAGGAGAUCGAGGAAGAGGAGGAUAUGCCAGAGGAGGGUCCGGUGGACCUUGGAGAGGAAACGGUGAUGGGUGGAGAGGAGGCUAUGGUCGAGGCGGGUACCAUCAAUCAGACAGCACUGCUUCGGUGCCGCCUUCGUGA